CAUGGUAGUGCACUUAAAUUCAGGGUCACACUUGGUAACUGCUAACAGAACAGAUUUAAAACCACAAAGAGCACAACUGGAAUAUUUGUAUUGAUACACCAUUGGGAAUAACUAACAUGCUGUUACUAAUCAGUAUCAUUCUCACCUUGUGGGUUUCCUGUGCUCAUGGGCAAGGAAGAACUUGUGGUUUUCCAGAAAUAAAACAUGGAAACAUAUAUGAUGAAGACAGAUAUAAACACAACUUCCCAGUUGCUCUGGGAAAGUAUUUCUACUACUCGUGUGAUCACAGCUUUGCAUCUCCUUCACAAUCACUCUGGACUAAAAUAACCUGCACAGAGGAAGGAUGGUCACCAACACCAAAGUGUAUCAGACAGUGCUUUUUCCCUUGGGUGGAAAAUGGUCAUUCUGCCUCUUCGGGACAAACACACCAGGAAGGUGACACUGCGAAAAUUGUCUGUGAUACAGAUUAUCGCCUUUUAAAUAAUCAGAGCAACAUCACAUGUACAGAGAGUGGCUGGUCCAUCCCUCCUAAAUGCAGUUCGACAGACCCUAAAAGAAAAUGUGGGCCUCCUCCACCUAUCGACAAUGGAGACAUUACCUCAUUCCCAUUAUCAACGUAUGCUCCAGGAUCAUUAGUUGAGUACCAAUGCCAGUCCUUCUAUGAACUUCAGGGAAACAAGAAUAUAAUAUGUAGUCAUGGACAGUGGUCAGAACCACCAAAGUGCUUGGAUGCAUGUGUGAUAUCAGAAGAAGUCAUGGAUAAACAUAACAUACAGUUACGAUGGAGACAUGAAAAAAAAUUUUAUUCUAAAACAGGAGAUAUUAUUGAAUUUGUAUGUAAAAGUGGAUAUCAUAAAAAGACACCACAUCACACAUUUCGAAUAACCUGUCAGGAAGGGAAACUGGAAUAUCCCACUUGUGUAAAAAACAAUGGCUAAAAUGCAGUCCUAAAAUUAAAAUAUGUACAUUUAUUCUGAAUUUUUCAUUAUGAAUCCAGUUCUUCUCAGUUAUUGUUUCAACUAUUGCUUAACCAAUUUUUAUUCAUAAAUCAGAAUUUGUGUUAAAUAAUAUGUGGUUGCUAUAAUCUGAGAGUCAAGUGAAUCAUUUCUUAAAAGCACUACAUUAUAAUUUGGUGAACCAAAAUGCUGUGUCCUAUUCAUGAAAUAUAUGUGGCAAGAAGUUAGAUGAGAUCACUUCAGUGCCUGCUUCUAUCCAUCUUUCUCCUAUCUCAAAGAUUUCUCCACAACUCUUGAGAAUGCCUGAAGUUCUCCAUUUCAGAGGCAAUGGGGAAAAAUGCACCCAUCUUCAAAAUAAUAUUACUUCACAAACCUAUAGAAGCCUAUAUCAUAUCUAUGUUAGUAAUAAGAUGUAAGUAGUUAUCAUUUACUUUUGCUUAUCGAUAAAUGGAUAUAUAUGCCAAAAAAUGAUGAAAUGCAUGUCUCCUACAAGAUGUCUCUCUAGCAAAUGUAAUAAUUCAAACAAAUCAUAAAGAGGAAUUUGAAUCUAA